AUGUCGAACGAUAAAAGUCGUGCCUCUGUCAGAUUCGGUAACCAAGUUGUUUACGCUAUUGGUGUUUGUGAUAUUAUUACAGUCUUGCCGACGUUAACAUUAGACAUUAAUUUUGUUGUUAUUGACAAUCGAGUUUUUCCCAGUGGCAUCGAUAUUUUAAUUAGUUUGGAUAUUAUCCUUCAACCCUUUGUAUCUGUUAAAAAGGGUGGUUAUGGAAUUGAGUUAUACUAUCAGCCACCAGACGUUUCUAAAGUAUUAACUCUACAGCAUUCUAAUCAUGUUAAAAUAAAUCAACCAGACCUACCAGAAAAUUUAAAAUUGCAAAUUGAAUCAUUGUUAUCAAAAUAUAAGAGCAAAACACCUGAUCGCAUCACCACCGGCAAGAUGACUAUUAGGCUAAAAAAAAAUGUACCCGUAGUGUAUCACCCCCGUUGUUUAGCUUAUGAAGAGCGUGUUCAAGUUGCUGACAUAAUAAUUGAACUAUUAAGGGACGAUAAGUUUACUCCUAACAUAUCUUCAACACAAGCCUUAAAGGAAUACUAUGAAGGCAUACUAAUUAACGUCCAAUGUUUUAACAACAUUAGAUGCGCAUAUUGUGAGGAAUUAUACACCGAAGAAACCAAAAUAGCGAUCGAACAACAGAAAGAAAACACACAAUUUGAAAUGGAGCCCAAUAUUCUUAUGUCUGAAAUUAAAGAAGCUAUAAAAAACCUAAAGCUAAACAAAUCCCCAGGAACAGACGGAGUUCGUGCUGAGCUCAUAAAAGUACCGGGAACCAAAAUCCUACAUGAUAUAUGUAAUAAGAUCUGGCAAAGUGGUCAAUGGCCUAAAGACUGGACAACGUCUGCAUUUAUACCUAUUUACAAAAAGGGAUCCACCAAAAAAUGCGAAAAUUAUCGAACGAUAUCUCUAAUCACACAUGCCAGCAAAAUCCUGCUUAAAAUAAUAAAUAGACGAUUGCAAAACUACUUAGAGAGUCAAAUCCCUCCAGAACAAGCAGGCUUCGUUAAGGGAAGAGGGACUGGGGACCAAAUAUUCAACAUCCGCCAAUUAAUCGAGAAAGCCCGGGAGUUCAAUACCCCCAUGCUCUUGUGCUUUAUAGAUUACAAAAAAGCUUUCGACUGUGUUCAAUGGAGUAGUCUCUGGAACGUAUUGAAAGAAAUGGGAGUCCCUCCGCAUUUCAUAUCUCUAAUAAUCAACCUAUAUGAAAAUAACAAUGCCAUAGUUAGUCUCGACAAUAAAACAUCAAACAUUUUCAAAGUACAUAGAGGCGUCCGUCAAGGAUGUAUCCUAUCACCGAGACUCUCCAAUGCCUACGGUAAAUUCAUAAUGAGCCUGGAAAAUUUUGAAGGAGGUGUGUCAAUCAAUGGUAGAAAGAUAUGUAAUCUCAGAUACGCGGACAACACUACCCUAAUAACAAGAGAUGAAGAUAAGAUGGUUACACUUAUUGAUCAGGUCGCUAAUGAAAGUCGAGCUCUAGGCCUCGAAAUAAAUCUAGACAAGACCAAGUUAAUGGUCAUUGAUAGGAGUAAUACCAUACAGUUAAGAAAUCUGCAAAAUAGAAUUGAAGUAGUAGAUGAAUUCAUCUACUUUUACAUCAACAGCAAGGGAGGCUGUGAAACAGAAAUAAGAAGGCGGAUAGCAUUAGCAAGGACAGCAAUGUCAAACUUAUCCAAGAUAUGGAAAGACAGAUCCAUAACCAAAAACACGAAAAGAGCCCUGGUAAACACCCUAGUGUUUUCGAUAUUUUCUUAUGGUUACGAAUCCUGGACAAUAAAGUCGAGCGACAGGCACCGAAUAUAUGCUUUUGAAAUGUGGUGCUGGCGGAGGAUGCUUCGCAUACCCUGGACUGCACACCGGACCAAUGUGUCGAUAUUAAACGAAUUAGGAAUCACCGAUCGAUUGUCCUCCCGCUGCCGACGCCGCAUUCUGGGUUACUUCGGACACAUCACCAGGAGAGACCAAGACAAUCUAGAAAAACUUAUCGUGCAGGGCAAAGUAGAAGGUAAAGGAUCAAGAGGAAGAUCCCCAUCACGGUGGAUAGACCAAAUUAAAGAAAUUACAGGGCAAGCCUUGCAGACAAAUAUAAGAGUAGCAGAAGAUCGACAACAGUGGAGACAAUCGACCCAUCAGUGUUCAUAGACAUGACGUUACAACUCUUCAGGAAUGAAGAUAUGACUAAGA